UGUGUAUACUGUGUGUGCGUGUGUUGGUGGUGUGCGUGAGUUUUCGUGUGUGCUCAGCCAAGUGUGUUGGCCAUGUGGGUUAUGUGAAUUAAAAUGUUUAACUUCCGUAAUUGGUUCCUGUGGUUUCAUUAGCUACCAAUUCUUUUCUUUAUCAAAAGUUCUAUUAUUUAGUUAAUUAUUUUACUUAAUUUGGUUGGUAGUCGUAAGGUGAAUUGAUUCGUAGUUAUUUGCGGAUUUGGUUGAUAUUUGAAAUUUGAGUUAGUUGUUUGGAUUAAUUACAGGUUUUUGGGAUUGUUGUGUCGAUAUGAUAUCGACUGGUAGUCCGAUAAAUAGAGGAGGUGCUGCCCGAUUUUCAAAUAAAAUUAGAUUUUAAAUUAUACGGGAACGUCUCCUGUAAUUAUCGAACUAUCAACCGAGUCUAUAAAUAAUAUAUAUAUGUAUAUAUAUGUGACUUGGUGUAAUAUUUUACUAAAAGUAUUAUAACCCUACUUUCCCGUACUAUCAGUGGAUUGUACAUUUGGAAUUCAACCCGAACCUUAUUUGAAUUAUGUGAGCAUAUAUCUGCUUAUCUGUACUACUUUAUAUAUUUGAGUCGGGUUGUAUUAUCGAAAGGGUUAGAGUCUAGUGAGGAUGUCUGACAUAGAGACUGUCUAACUUAGGAUUGUUCGAUCCUGUAGGUUCUGUUUCGGGACACCAGUUUUCGAAAGGCUAGUCGACUCCCUUCAUAGCAUCUGAUUCCUAUACCUCAGCAAGAUGCCUAGAACGAGACCGCCUAGACGACCAUUGACCAGUAGUGGACGGGGUUCCAUCCCUCCACCCAUGUUGGGCAUGUUUGAGGCCCCUAUUGAGAUUUCUAGCGAUUCAGAGACACCUCACCAUUCAUCCUCCCAGGGCCAGGAGUCUAGUCUUGAUGAUUCCUUCCCUCAGUGGAACCCUAUUGCCACUACUCAGUAUCCCCCUUCUGGUUUCGAGGCCGAGUCGAGCUCUAGACCCCGCAUAGUCCGCAGAUCCGUAUCUGCUGUUCGUGACUUUCCACCUGGGUGUGGGCCGUCUGCUGUUAGACCACCUGGGCGACCACCUGUGUCACCACCUAUGUCGCCAUUUAUGCCACCAUCUGUGCCACCACCCAUGCCAUCACCUGUGCCACCACCUAUGCCAUCCCCUGUGCUGCCACAGAUUCCAUCACCUACCUAUCCCUCGGGUAUCAGGUCUCCUAUCCCUUAUCAUGUGCAUCAGGCUGUAGAUAGGACCUUUAUCAGGGAGCACAGCCCCACUUUAGCAGCCCAUCUUGAUCAGAUUCCUAUUGGACCUUACCAGGGCGUCCGAGUACCAUCCCCAGAUAUCCAGGCCCGAGUGAGAGCAUUGACCCAGGCUGCCAUAGCGAGAGCCCGAUAGGUGGAGCCCCAUGCUAGUCCCACAACUAGGGUAGUGCAUUAUCAGCACUUAGUGGAUUGGUUGGUUUUUGAGCUGGGAUCCAUUGGGGGUAAUGACUAGAUGUUGUGUUUUUGGGAGUUGUGAAUGUUAGGAUCCGGACUAGCGUGCCUUGUAGAGUUCGGAAUCCUAUAGUUUCCUUUUCAGUUGUAUGUUGUAGUAGCAGUAUUUUCGUUGUAUAUUCAGAUAGUGGUUGUGUAUUGUAGUAGUUGUAUAGUUCUUGUACCAUAUUCUUUCUAGCAUGUAUGAGGUAGUGUACUGUUGUUGGAUUGUAUUUCUUUCAGCUUUGCAUCUGGAUAUUGUACGGUUGUUGUAAUAUACUUCUUUUAUCGUUGUAUCAUUUUCA